CAGAACCUCCUGAAGAAGCAGGUGGAGACGAGGACCCCCGACGGCCGGAGGCGGAUCACGCCGCUCUGCAUCGCUCAGCUGGACACGGGCGACUUUUCCCCGGCGCUCAACAGCGCCCCCAUCCUGCCCUCGGGCUCCUCCAUGUCCAACCAGCUCACCUCCCAGCUCAGCUCCGACUCCUCCCCGGGCCCCUCCUCCUCCCUGGGGCUGAGGCCCGGCCACGACCCCAUGCUCCCAGAGAAACAAGCUCAACAAAGACUUUCCAUUUCCCACACGGGUCUGUGCCCCCCGGCCCCCCAUUGACUGAGGUGUGUGGCGUCUGCAGGUGAGCGCCGAGCCGCCGGUGUUCCUGGAGGUGGAGAACGAGGUGUCGCUGGUCGCCGGGUCCAAGCUCAGCCAGCUGCGCUGCUCCAGGGACGGACGGGAGUGGAACACGCAGCUGCCCAGCUCAGUGGUCACGGCAGCAGGGAGCAGCGACGUCCUCGCCGUGGCCUGCCAGGACAGGAUGUUGUCGCUCUUCUCUUCUUGUGGGCGGCGGCUCCUCCCGGCCAUCCAGCUGGCCACGCCCACCUCGGCCCUGCACUGCUCCGCCCACUUCGUCAUGGCGCUGACGGCCAGAGCGACGCUGUCCGUCUGGGACGUUCAGAAGCAAAAAGCUCUGGUGAAGAACGAGUCUCUGCUGAGCAUCUUAUCAGGUGCCGACGCCACGGUGUCCCAGUCGCUGCUGACCCAGCAGGGGGUCCCGGUCAUCGGCCUGUCCAACGGGAAGUCCUACUGCUUCAGCUCCUCGCUGGAGACAUGGACUCUGGUAGCAGACAAAGGAGACUCCAUGGUCCAGUGUGCCGACUUCAGGAGCUGCCUGCCUACCCACGAUGCACCUGUGUCCUCGGGACCACUGGCUGUUAUGCAGGGACGCAACCUCAACGCCGGGCGGCUGGCGUCCCGCCUCUCCUCCACCCCCCACCACCUACAGCAGAGCAUGACGCUGGCCUUCCUGGAGAACCAGCUGACGUCGGCUCUGACGCUGCAGUCGGCGGCGGAAUACCGUCACUGGCUGCUCAUCUACGCCCGCUUCCUCGUCAGCGAAGGCUCUGAGAAUCGUCUCCGAGAACUCUGCAAGGAGCUGCUGGGUCCCGUCCACAAAUCAGCCGCCACGGCGUGGGAGCCCAGCACGCUGGGCCUGCGGAAGCGCGAGCUGCUGCGGGAGGUCUUACCCGUCAUGGUGGAGAACCUGAGGUUCCAGAGACUGUUCACCGAGUACCAGGACCAGCUGGAGCUGCUGCGCACCAAAUAACACACACACACACAGCUGGACUCAUCGUGAACUCUGACCCCUCGUGUCCUCAAUGGGGCGAAAUACAACAACACACACAAUGCUGCUGUUGUUGUUGUGAUGAACUUUGAGACAGUCGCUUCUCAGAGGGAAGAAGUGGUUGUUCUUCUUAUUUCAAUCUCACUUUGGGGUGAAAGAAUUAAAUCUCCAGGAUGUUGCUGAUUUAAUGAACGAGUUCAUCGCUCUGCAGAGUGGAUCCAACUUCAUCUGUACGGCCAUUUUUGUUCGUUUUUAAAUGUUUGUACAAGGCAAACUUUUUUUUCAACUUUCUAAAAGAACAGAAAUGUGCAGAACUUUUUCUUUCAAAGAAAUAAAGUAAACAAACAGUG